AUGUCUAAUAUGUUACAUGCAGCGUCAAAUGUGAAAUGGAAUCAGUCUACUGCGGCGAAACGGGCAGCCUUUUUUGUGGCCGCUGCCUAUGGGGUGAAAACGCUCUACCCCAUCCUCUGCAGACAGAUAAACAAACGGAAAGAGCUAAAAACCCCGACCGCACGAGAAGGAGAGGAAAACGGCUUGAUUCUACCAUCAGCAGCCGAGGCAGCACCAAGCAAAAAGUCCCCCGCUGUAAAUGCAGAAUUCUUCAAUCAAAUUCUGGAACUCGUAAAAAUACUAUUUCCAAAGCUUAUAACCAAAGAACUUGGUUUGCUCUGUCUGCAUUCAGUCGCUCUUGUUUCCAGGACGUUUUUGUCUAUUUAUGUGGCAGGGUUGGAUGGCAAGAUUGUGAAGACUAUCGUGGAGAAACAACCGCGGAGCUUCGUCUUCAAAUUGAUGAAAUGGCUUCUGAUAGCCAUCCCGGCCACAUUCGUGAACAGCGCAAUUCGUUUUCUGGAGUGCAAGCUUGCUCUGGCCUUUCGCACGCGCCUUGUUGACCACGCAUACAGAACCUAUUUCACGGACCAGACCUAUUAUAAGGUCAGUAAUAUGGAUGGGAGGCUGGCCAACCCGGACCAGUCCCUCACGGAGGACAUCAUGAUGUUUUCGCAGUCCGUGGCACAUUUAUAUUCAAACCUCACCAAACCCAUCCUCGACGUGAUACUGACUUCCUACACCCUCAUUCAAACAGCGAGGUCUCGGGGGGCAAAUGCCAGUGGACCGACCCUGCUGGCAGGGCUCGUGGUGUUCGCCACCGCGAAGGUCCUGCGGGCUUGCUCCCCAAAAUUUGGGAAACUGGUGGCAGAGGAGGCACACAGGAAAGGAUAUCUACGUUAUGUGCAUUCACGAAUCAUUGCCAAUGCCGAAGAGAUAGCUUUUUACAGGGGGCACACGGUGGAGAUGCGACAGCUGCAGAAGUGCUACAAGGCUCUGGCAGAACAGAUGAACCUCAUUUUAUCCAAGCGCUUGUGGUAUAUAAUGCUGGAGCAGUUCCUUAUGAAGUACGUGUGGAGUGGGAGUGGCCUCGUCAUGGUGGCUGUGCCAAUCAUCACCGCUACCGGCUUUGCGGACAACGAGCUUGCGGAUGGGCAAACGCAAGUGUUGGUCAGCGAGAGGACAGAGGCCUUCACCACGGCACGCAACCUCCUGGCCUCUGGAGCCGACGCCAUUGAGAGGAUCAUGUCUUCCUACAAAGAGGUCACAGAGUUGGCUGGAUACACGGCCCGUGUACACAACAUGCUGCGAGUGUUCAGCGAGGUGCAGAGGGGGCUGUACAAGCGCUCCACACUAUCCCAGACUCCUGCAGGAGAGGAGAAGGGUGCAGCCAAGCCUGAGAUGCAUAUUGACGGGCCUCUGGAGAUAAGAGGAAAAGUCAUUGAUGUGGAUAAGGGUAUCGUGUGUGAGAGUGUCCCCAUAAUCACGCCUAACGGGGACGUGGUCGUGUCAAGCUUGAAUUUUAAGGUGGAGGAGGGCAUGCACCUCCUCAUCACAGGGCCCAACGGCUGCGGGAAGAGCUCUCUGUUCCGCAUCCUGAGCGGGCUGUGGCCUGUGUACGGGGGCCUACUGCACAAACCGCCCCCACAGCACCUGUUCUACAUCCCCCAGAGGCCGUACAUGUCUAUUGGAUCAUUGCGAGACCAAGUAAUCUACCCGGACUCGGUGGAGGACAUGCAGAAUAAGGGCUAUGGUGACCUUGACCUGGAGACCAUCCUUAACAUCGUCCACCUCAACCACAUUGUCACCCGUGAAGGAGGCUGGGAUGCUGAGACGGACUGGAAAGACGUUCUAUCUGGGGGAGAGAAACAGAGAAUGGGGAUGGCUCGCAUGUUCUACCACAAGCCAAAGUACGCCCUGUUGGAUGAGUGCACAAGUGCUGUCAGCAUCGAUGUGGAGGGGAAGAUAUUCCAAGCAGCAAAAGAUGCUGGGAUCUCCUUGCUGUCAAUUACCCAUAGGCCCUCUCUUUGGAAGUACCACACGCACCUGCUCCAAUUCGACGGAGAGGGGGGCUGGCGCUUUGAGCAGCUGGACACAGCCACCCGACUCUCCCUGACGGAAGAGAAGCAGCGUCUUGAGACCCAGCUGGCCGGCAUUCCCAAGAUGCAACACAGACUGAACGAGCUCUGUAAGAUACUCGGCGAGGACUCUGUCCUCAAGACGACUGACCCCGAGGAGUGAGAGAGGCACAAAUAGAGAGUGUGUAAAUGAGUGAGAGAAAGAGAAGAUCGAGAGAGAGAGAGAGAGAGAGAGAGA